AUUAGCUCAUCAUAAAAGGAAAAAAAACUCCGAAGUAAAACGCCGUUUUCAUUUUGCUCGAAACGCUUCGAUAUCCAACCUUCCGAUUCGAUUUUUUCGAUGGUUAGGAGCUCUCGAAGUCCCCAGAUUCGUAGAGAUCAAACGGAGCUCUCUCGAACGAGCUAUCGAUCGACGGAUUUGGUGGACUCUGCAAGGAUAUUUUAGGUAUUUUUCAUUUUUUCUUCGAAAAUGACGGGUUUUGGGGAUUGUUGCAAGCGAAGAUCGAAUCGUACCGAUUGAGGGCAUCGAAAGGUGGUUUUGAUUUCUUUGGAUUGUCAAAUGGCAGGAGAAAUCGAAGAUCCGAUAGGAUUUCAGGGGGACUGCUUGCCCACUGGUUCCAUAUCAUUUGGAAGGUUUGAAGAAGAAUCCUUAUCUUGGGAAAGGAGAUCAUCCUUCUCUCACAACAGGUAUCUAGAGGAGGUGAAGAAAUACUCAAGGCCAGGUUCAGUUAUUGAGAAGAAAGCUUAUUUUGAAGCUCAUUUCAAGAGAAAGGCUCUUUUGCAUCAAGCUGCUUCAUCUGAGUGCCAAAAUGGGAUGGGAUGCCAAAGUGCUGAAAAUGAUAUCCUGGAUGACAUUAAUUAUAUGGAGGAUUUUGAAGGUAAUGAUAAUGAAGCAACCCUUUACGCCCAGUGCCGAGAUGGCACCGAAUACCAAACUGCUGAAAACGACAUCCUGGAACACAUGAAUUAUGUUGAAGAUUUUGAGGAUAACGGUAAUGAAGAAACCCAUUAUACUCACUAUGAUGAAACACCUGAUGGCUCAGAUGAACAUGAAUGCGAGGUCAUGGAUUGUGAAAGAGAGGGAGAACUCAUUUCACCUAAUGAAUUUCAGAUGGGCCCCAAAAUCAGUAAUGCCGAUACAGUGCUGGACGAUGAUACUCAAGAGGUAGAACCUGGUGAAAUAUUUAAAACUCAAUUCGGAUGUGGUACCUCACUAUUAUUCAAUAAUGAUUUAAAAAUAGAACCAGAAUGGAAGCUUGAAAGUGAAGCUGAAUUUUCAAAAACAGAGGUAGAACAGAAGCGUACAGAUGAAGUAGACAAUUCAAAGUUAGAAAUAGAACAUAGUGUUUCAAAUCAAGUUGAAAAUGCAGAUGGAUUACUUAAGAAGACAGAUCAGUUAGUGAAGAAUUCUACGACUGAAAUGGAUAAAGCUCCUAGUUCGAAAAAACCACAGAAACUGCCUCUUAAUGUAAAGGUGACAAUAGAACAGAAAACUAAUAAACCCAAAGCACAUACUCAGGUUCCUGGUGCUCAGAUUCCUAGGAAGAUUUUAAAUGAAACAGCUUCUCUCUCUUCCAUUAAGGCUUUCGGCAAAACCCCAAGGAAGGUGGACAGAGAGAGUCUGUUGAGAACUAAAACAGAGAGGCGGUUGCCUUUGAAGGUUCCACCCACUUCAUGUACUCUACAGAAAAGUGUGAAACCAGAGGAUUCUGAAAAUGCAAAGGCGAAAUUGAAUCAAGAAAAUAAAAGAGACAAGGAUCUAAAGGCGAAGAGAGUCAGUAUGGUCCCUCAAGCUGCAGCUGAAAAGGCUGAAUUGGAAGGACGUCGAUCUGCUAGCAGGCCAAAGCACAUUACAACUUCGGCUAAGUCAGACUUAAAGUCAAGUGGUGUGAUCUUCAAUUUCAAAAGCAGUGAAAGAGCAGAAAAGAGGAGACAGUUCUACCUGAAGUUGGAAGAAAAGCAGCAUGCUAAGGAGGCUGAGAUGAAUCAGAUCCAAGCAAGAACACAGGAAGAGAUGGAAGCCAAGAUGAAACAGUUUCGAAGAAGCCUUAACUUCAAAGCAACACCCAUGCCUUCUUUCUAUCAUGAAGCAGCACCACAAAGCUCUAAUGGCAAAAAGGCUGUUAUAGCUCAUACAAAAUCUCCAAAAUCCCGUAGUAAGUCCAUGAGUCCAGGAAGCACAGCUUCAGCGCCAGACAACUCCCAACCAUUUUCAAAGAAUGUGAAACAACAAGGUCCCCACUCUGCUUCUGACUCUGUUAACACUGCUCAGCCACAAACUCAGGAAGCUACCAACUGUCAUGGCGCAUCAGAAGCCAACGUUAACCGUCAGACCCCGAUGGAUGGAUCGGAUGAUAUCAAUGAGAUGGGGACUCGGAGUUGGGUUUCCCAAGCUGGGAAGAAAACCGAGGUAGGAAAGAAUGAGAGGGAGAAGUGCAAGGCAAGCAGUGGCAUACAAGGACAGUAUGGAGACGCCGCUAAUAAGGUGAGGAAAGGAGAGAGAAUGAAGGCAACAAGAGCAGGAGUCAGCAGAAAGACAAAGGACGUUGGUUCGGAAAUGGGCCGUUUGGCAGUGCAUGUUGCAUCAUGAAAACCGAUUACAUAUAUUUUUUGUAAUUCUCUGUGGGAAGUAGGAAUAAUGUUGGGAAAGAUGGGGAGGAUGGAAGCUUGGAAUCCCCUGUCAUUGUCUUGAAUUCUUUUUAAGUGGACCUUUUACAGUCAUUUGAUCAUGUAACAGUGAGCAAUUUAAUGGUAGACAUUACUUCUGGGAUAUCAUCCCUUAAAACUUA